AUGCAGCCAGCCUCGAGCCAUCAGGCCUGCAGUACCCAUGCCACCAUCUUGAAUCGCUGGCGUGCACUACCCUCUGCACUGUCAGCUGUCACAGCCCUGGUCCCACAGAGGACCCAGCCCUCGGCCCACAGCUGUCAUAGCCCUGGUCCCACAGAGGACCCAGCCCUGGACCCAAAGCGGACCCAGCCCUGGGCCCACAGCUGUCAUAGCCCUGGUCCCACAGAGGACCCAGCCCUGGACCCAAAGCGGACCCAGUCCUGGGCCCACAGCUGUCACAGCCCCAGUCCCAAAGCGGACCCAGUCCUGGGCCCACAGCUGUCACAGCCCCAGUCCCAAAGCAGACCCAGUCCUGGGCCCACAGCUGUCACAGCCCCAGUCCCAAAGCAGACCCAGCCCUGGGCCCACAGCUGUCACAGCCCCAGUCCCAAAGCGGACCCAGUCCUGGGCCCACAGCUGUCACAGUCCUGGUCCCACAGUGGACCCAGCCCUGGGCCCACAGCUCUCAUGACGCUGGUCCCACAGCGGACCCAGUCCUGGGCCCACAGCUGUCACAACCCCGGUCCCAAAGCGGACCCAGUCCUGGGCCCACAACUGUCACAGUCCCGGUCCCAAAGCAGACCCAGCCCUGGGCCCACAGCUGUCACAGCCCCAGUCCCAAAGCAGACCCAGUCCUGGGCCCACAGUUGUCACAGCCCCAGUCCCACAGCAGACCCAGCCCUGGGCCCACAGCUGUCAUGA